AUGUGUGCCGAGUGUGAGCCCAAAGUCCGGCAGCGUCUAGACCAGGCGGCCUACACAGCCAAGACCGAUACCCUUCGGCGCAUGAUGGACCGCAAUUCCAACAUUCGGCGCAAGAUUUACAUCCAGUCGAGGAUGCCUAUAAAGAUACUGAACGGCAUUGGGAGAUUGCUGUGGGUGUCGGGCUUCGUGUUACAACUUGUGUGGCAUAGUUUGCUCUCUACCACAAACACCAACCAGAUCCCAUAUUCCUCUUGGCUGCCAUUGUCAGACACAUUGCUGAAAUGGAGCAUUGGAGCCACAGUUUUGGGGAUGUGGUGGAAUCCACGGUUGUUGGAUAUGAUAGCUGGAAACAGCAGGCAGAUUACUGGGCUAUUUCGCUGGUACUUGAUUCAGUUUAUUGCCGUCUUCUCGCGUAUAUAUCUACGUGUUGCUCCAGGCUCUGCAAAUGCUGCUUUGCGGAAGUUGCCCUUCCAAACCGAUUUGCAAAUCAUCGGCGCGACUGCUGCCACCAUAGUAUGUGCUAUCCAUCCAUCUAUUCAUGUCCAAGAUCAAAUACUAAUCAGCAAGCAGCUAUUUUUGAUGUCAUGGCAAUCGGUCGGCCUCAAGCCUUUGCCUGUAAUCAAACCAACCGCGAAACAAUCAAACCAGUCCUCAUUACGGGGGAGACCAGUCGCGAAGAAGACGCCUGCCUCUUCCGGAGCCAAACCCAGAGCCUCCAGUGCGAAGAAGGACACCAUAAAGUCUCUGGGAGAUCUGUUGGAUGAGCUGGAGCAUAUUGAGAGCUCCCCUCCAGAACCAAAACGACCAAGCACAGCAGCAUCUACUGUCUAUGAUUUGUCACCCAUCAGACGCGCGAGGGAUGAGCCGCGUGCACCACGAAUGGGCUUUACACAUACCCUGGAAGCCCAGCAGCUUACCAACUCUCUUACCAGCAUUCAAGAGCUUGACUCGAUGAAUCUUGUCUCACCGUCCUUUUUUCAGGACCCCCCUCAAAGGCAGGUCAAUUAUUCUGCAGAAAUGGAGUGGGAGCCAGCGCCACCGCAACAGCAGGUCUCCUCGCAUCGCGCUUUCAGCACUCAGGGCCAACGCAAGGCUCAGCCGUUUGGGGCUGCCCCAGUAGAACCCAAGAAGGGUCCGUUCUGGUACAAAGUCCCGCCGGCUCCAGUAACGCCUGCGCAGAGAGCAUUUAACCCUCCGAACCAACCAAGACUGAGACCAAGCCCGGUGCAAGGUCAAGAAAUCCAGUUCCGGGGCACUGGGACGCCCCAGAAGCAGUUGACUAGCAGUCGGCACUAUGAGCCCGCGCCAGAAUUUGCUCCAGCAACCUUCUUUGCGCAGCCAGGUCCGGAUGACCCGAGAAACGAACUGACCGGCAUGUUUUCGGGCAGUUUCAGUCUCGAGCACGAGAGUCCGAAGGAAGAAAAGCCACAGUCGACAUGGCUUGGAAGAUUGCGGAACAGAACACCGGCAUCAAACAAGAAGAAAUAG